AUGAAUGAAAUACUUAGACAACCGAAUUUUAGGGAAAAGAAGAAAAGUAUCUACUUCAUUGCUCAUUGUCUUGUUACACUUGUGAUGCAAAAAAACUAUAAACCAAUAAAGCAACAAAGAGUGAGAAGGAAUGGAACAAAUUCGAAGGAACUAAAGACGAAGGAUUCGAGGGCAAGUACAGAAAAGCAAGACAAGAAAGAAAAUAUAUUGGAAGAAAAAGAAAUAUAA